GGGCCAGGCGUGGUUUGCCUUAGUCUGCCACAUGAAGCCUGAUGGAUGCCACAUUGGAAGACGUGGAGUGCUGUUCUUCUGACUCCGGCUGUGUGCCUGUUGAGAAGCCUGCGAAGCCCAAGCCGACCAAGUCUGCGAAGCCGGAGAAGAAAGAGGCGAAGGCGAAGCAUGAGCGUGCUCAGAGAACGCCGGAACCUCUUCCGCCAGGGUGGUUUCGUGUGGCGUCGAAGUCCAAGCCCGGUGCGUACUACUAUGCGCACCCAGCGACCAAGCGCACGCAGGUGCAUAGGCCAAAGCUGGAGCCUGAGGCACCGGAGAAAACAGAGGAGGAGAUUAGACAGGAAAUCGCUGCGGAGGAGGAAGUGAUACGAAGAGCACGGGAGCGGCGCGCUGUGACAGCAGACGCCCUGCCGCGGUCGCCGCGGCACGAAGCGAACGACGCCGCGAGCGAGGAGAGUUUGAAGCCGCUGAGUGAGGGCGAUAGCGAUGAGCAGCACGAUGAGAGUCGCAAGCCACGGAAAGCGCGGAAGGCAGCAGGUGGCAUCCAAUUCACGCGGCAAGACGCAGAAGAGCCAGGCUGUGAAGAAUCUGAUGGAUCUGAGGAACUGGACCUUGAUCGCCUCAAGGCCGAGUUCCGUGCCGAGAUGGCCCGGAAGUACGGUGAGCCCGUGGAAGCGCCGCUACAGCCGCUGGCGAAGGAAGCCUGGAAGGAGGAGCAGGAGAAGUGGCUGGCGCACCUGAAGCAAAUGGAAAGGAACAAGGCAGAUACUCAGCCAGUGCGCGCAGAAGGUCCCAAGGAGCAAGAGAAAAAGCUCAAGAAGCAGCAGAAGAAGGACAAGAAGCAGGAGCUGAAGGAGCUGAAGAAGUCCAUGACGAAGGAGGAAAGGAAGAAGUUCAAGAAAAUCCGAAAGAUGCAGAAGCUCCAAGCGAAGCUGGCCAAGGCCGAAAAGGUGUUGCGCAUGUCGGAGAAGCUGAGGAGCAAGGGAGAGAAGGGUGCUAGCUCAUCGUCAAGUUCGACAUCAAGCUGAAGUGAGCGAUGGACGAAUUUGACUCAUUAGUGGAA